AUGGAGUGUAGUAGUUUAUCACACGUAACAAAUCCGAUAUUUUCGUAUUCCAAUAAUUUAGGGGGCUGUUCGAAUCAGAUGAUAGCGAAUUCGUAUGAUUGUGUAAAGAUUGAGCCCAGUUUCCCAGAAGAAAUGGGACGAACGCCGAUGAAAGAAAUCAAUAAUAUAGAAUCAAGCAUGCGAGUUGAGAAUGCCGUUCAAAAUUAUGAGCACAGUAUUCCUUCUCCAUACACUAAUCCAUCAUAUUCGGAUAAUUUUUCGAACUGCGCAAUCAAGAACGAUUAUCCUACUUGUCAAUUACCUGGGUAUACUUACUAUUCUCAGAGUGACAUGAUAAACUAUUCAUUCAUCCCACCUCAUAAUUAUUUAUAUGAUCAUAACUAUUCACCUGCACAUUCGAAUAAUACUCAUCAUUCGUUCAGUUGUCAUCAAACUUAUAAUUGUUAUUCAUCGUAUUCACCUAUCCGAAACCAAAGCCGAGUUUUCCCCAGUAAAGUUGAAUCUCCGGAUAGUGAUACUGAAAACAGUUGCUUUUCGAUCAAAGAUGAACAGAUGAAGAAAAAGUAUGCGUGCACAUUUCCUGGUUGUGAGAAAAGAUAUUUAAAGUCAAGCCAUCUAAAAGCUCAUUAUCGAAUUCAUACUGGUGAACGUCCAUUAGUUUGUGUAUUUCCUUAUCCACGUAAUAUAACUGGUAAAAUUCCGAUUAAUUCAUUGACUAUACCAAUAUGUGGGAAAACGUUUGCACGCUCAGAUGAAUUAACGAGACAUUUAAGAAAACAUUUAAAUUUACGACCAUUCAAGUGCAAUUUAUGCUCAAAAUCAUUUAGUAGAUCUGAUCAUUGUAAAACACAUCAACGUACUCAUUUACAUGGUCUCGAUAAAACAACGACUCCAUAUUCCAAUAACCAUACUAGUAAUGAAAUAAAUAACGAUUUUAUUCAUUCCUCAACACAUUUUAUAACAUCAGCAGAAAUGGGUGUGAAUUCUUUCAUUAAUUCUUUACCACCAACAUCAUUGUCAUCAUCAUCAUCAUCACAUCUGUCAUUUCCGAUGAAUACAGAAUAUUCACAAUCAUUAAGAUUGGAUUCUUUGCCUUUAACAUCCUCUUCUAUAAAUCACAUUCCUCAAUAUGAACACUACAAUAAUUAA